AUGCCUCAUUCCGGCUUGCGAAACAUCCGCCGGGAUGUCGUUCCCGCACAUCGACUGCCCUUCUUGGUCCCAUCAAGUACACCUCUAGCCAAUAUGCCGGCCCUCGCGGCGAGAGCUCCCGAAGCUUCACAAUCCACCACCAAUGGCGACAAACCCACCAGUAAUAUGACCACCACCGUCUUGCCCGUGGUAUUGGGUGCUGGUUUGCCCAUCCUCUGUGCCAUUAUCGUCCUGAUUGUUUUACAUCGGAGACACGUCAAGAAACUCCUCCGUGAAGAUGCAAUGGAUAAACAUAAAUCCCUCGAUUUCGGAAUGGAUACAGUUGGUCCGGCCACGAGGAGGAAAGGUGGCCCACAGGGAGGAAUGCCCCCGAUGUCAGAACCCAAUCACACCAAGGGACUGUCCCUUGACGUCAGCCCAUACCUGAUGCCGCCAGGCCUGGUGGGCUCCCGCGAUUCCUUGCACUCCAUGUCCAUUGAUGAUGAUAAAUACCGCCCUGCGACGGCCGGAGGAUCGAUUCGAUCCUUCCCCAGGGGACAUCGCGACGAUGCGUCCAGCUUUGCCGGCUCUCGCUUCGGAGGCGAAGAGCCCAACUCGGGUCUGCUCAAGAACGCCCAGCGGAUGUCUCGCUCCUCCCCUCCCCUCUACAGUUCUCCCACCGAGUCCCACGCCCGUAGCCCGCUGAGCCCGCGGAAUGAUUCUCUGCCAGAUCAUGGGCUGACUCCCCCAGCCCCCGUGGCACAACAACCCGGCAUGGCCAUUGGAAGCCCCAGUGCCGAACGAAGCUUCUCUCCCCAGUCCCUCCCUCGCGUGGAUGACACUCCGCUCCACUUCGGCCUGGACGAGCCACACCAAGCUCCCCACGAGGAGCGCCUUAACUUCCCUCUCCCCGAGCCCUCGCAUUCCCCCGAACACGAGGGUUCCGGCCAACUGCCUCGUAUCUCCCUGCCGGCCAGCGAUGUAACCACGAGUGACUACGGUGACCGCAAGUCGGAUCACAUCCUCCCAGCUGCCCAUGCCCACGUCCCGGAGGGACAUGCGCACGACAAACCAGAGCUCCCGGAAGAGCCCCAGAACCUGGAACCAGUCUACGACGGCCGUCGUAACACCAAGCGGAUGACUCUCGGCGUGCGUCCUUUGCCCCCCGAGGACCCCUCCGACAACCCCGAACAGCGUGCCAACCGCAUCCGUUCGUUCUACAAGGAGUAUUUCGACGAUAGCAAAAAUGAGGCCACCUACUAUGAGGACUUCGGCCCGGAGUUCUACGAGGACGGAGGCCCUGGCGGCAGCGGGUUCGUCUAUGAUCCUGUCACGGGCGAAUACUACGAUGCUGGGGCUCCUCCGGUCCCGGCCCCCUACGCUGAGCCCUACACUCGCCGGGCGAUGACGCCGCCCCCGCGCGCGCCGCCCCGCUUCCAGGGUGCCGCGCGACACCAGGCCACCAACUCCGCUGGCUUUGGCGGCAUGCCCAGCCCGCGGGCGUUCUCCUCCGCCUCUGGACCCCGGGCGUUCUCUUCCGCGUCCAAUCGCAUGCCGGGCCCUGGCCGCAAGCCUAUGCCUCCCCCUUCGCCGCUCCAGGUGCUCCCGACCCCCCACAUGCUCACUGAUGACUCCCUCAUGACCGCGAUGGACUUCGCCCCCGCGCACGGGUUCAAGGAGCGCCGUGACGGUCGGGCCGAGACCCCCACGGGGGGCAUGCGCCCGUACAGUCCGGCUGUCCGCGCCCACACCCCGCUGGCCUCGGCCUUUGAUGAGUUGGCCGUGAUGCCGAGUCCCCACGCCCUGCGCAAGUCCGGCACGUACACGAAUCUGGACUUUGUGCCUCCCCCGCGCUUCCGAAAUGAAGGCGGCGGCAGUGACGCCGGCAGCAUCCGGAGCGGCCGCAGUGGGAUGUCCGCGGCGCACCAGAAUAACAUCCGCAUGGGUAACUACCGUGUCAGUCGCUUGCCGCCGUCCGCGGUCGGGACGCGGGAUGAUAUGAUGGUUAGCCUCAAGCCCAGUUGGGACAUGGUGAACAACAAAUAA